AUGGGAGACAAGUUAACACCAACUGAAAUUGAUUCCAUUGUCACAGCACUUGAAACCAAGCUCAGCGCAGCACUUGAAACCAAGCUCGGCAACAAAAUUGAAACGUCUUUUAGUUCCUUAGAAACCAAUUUUGCUACCAAGCUUGAUUCAACUACAAAUUCUCUAAAAUCUGCACUUGCUAUGCAUGGAGAUUGUUUAGACAAAUUAUGGAAACAUGCUGGUUUUGGUGACUUGGAACCCUUGGAAGGUUAUGUUAACAAAAAAAAGAUUACCAUACCCCUCAACUAUGAUGAAGAUGACAAAGCUGAAGAACUCAAAGAGCAACAAUGGGUUGAUGAAAAACGAUUAAAAUCUGGUAUGAAUCCUUAUGGAACUUUACCAGAAUAUAAGUUGAAGGCUGAUAUACCUAGUUUUCAUGGUGGUUUACAUAUUGAAGACUUGCUGGAUUGGUUUUAUGAAGUCGAUUCCUUUUUCACUUUCAUGGAAGUUCCUGAAUCUUCUCAAGUUAAACUGGUAGCUUAUAAAUUAAAAGGUGGAGCUGCAGCUUGGUGGGAAAAACUCGGUGAAGAUCGACGUAAUGCUUAUAAACCUCCUACACGUACAUGGCAAAGAAUGAGACAAUUAUUAAGAGAUAAAUUCUUACCUAGAGAUUAUAUGCAACAACUUUUUAUUAAGCUCCAGGACUGUCGACAAGGGGCCAUAUUAGUUGAAGAAUACGUUGAUGAGUUCUAUGCUUUAGUUGCUCGUAACCAAUUGAAUGAAACUGAAGAGCAAUUAGUUGCACGUUUUAUAGCUGGUUUGAAUAAUUUAAUUCAACAGGGACUGACGCAGUCCGUGUUUACAAUGGUUGAAGCCAUCCAAAAAGCUAUUAGAGUUGAAAGGCGUGUACUCAGUACCUCUAGACAAGCAACUCCACGUCAAGCUCGUUAUCAACACUUUUCUAAAACUGCCAGACCAUAUAAUUAUUUUUAUGGUUACCAAGCUAAAAAGGGAUCAACAGUCGUUGUUGACCCAUCCUCACAGGGAUCAACUGUCUUUGUUGAUCCACAUGACAGAAGUGCAAACCAACCAUAUCAGCAACAACAACCUACUUCUGUUCCUUCAGAACCUGCUCCUACAAUGCAUAUCUCAUAUGCUAAGCCACCUCAGCCUCCUCCACAACGAAAUUUUGUUCGCAAUACUAAAGAUUUCCUUGGGAUGAUUCGACCAGUUUUAAUCACUGAACCAUGUCCUACUCAGAGACAUAAUAUUUUCAGAUCUCAUUGUUUCAUUGAAGAGAAGCUUUGCACUAUGAUCAUUGACAGUGGAAGUACGGAAAACUAUGUUUCUGCAAAGUUAGUUGAGAAACUUGGUUUACCUGUUACUCUUCAUCCAAAACCGUAUUUAGUUGGAUGGAUAAACAUCUCUUCCACUCAGCAAAUUAAUCAUCAAUGUUUGGUGAAGUUUUCUUUCCCUGGGUAUUCAGAUUAUGUUUUGUGUGAUGUUAUUAACAUGACUGCAGAAAAUUUAUUAUUGGGAAGACCAUGGCAUUAUGAUAUUCGUGUUGUUCAUAACUGCUAUGAGAAUACUUAUACCUUUGUUCAUGAAGGGUUUACUAAAGUUCUAUGGCCUUUACAAUCUUCUAAUUCAGUCAAGGAACCAUCAGAUAAGAAGACAAAUCCACUAGUUGCUACUGUUGUUCAUUCUUUACAACCAAAUCAUUCUUUGAGUUCUCAUGAAGCUGAUAAACCAAUGGUGGACAUUCCAUACAAGGUACAACCUUUAUUAUCUUCUUUCAAUGACUUAUUUCCUAAUGAAUUACCCAAUGUUUUGCCUCUAUUAAGAGAUCUACAACAUCAGAUAGACUUUAUACCUGGAACUUAUAUUCCUAAUCAACCUCAUUAUAGGUUAAGUCCUAAAGAAUAUGAGAUUUUACAAGGUCAAGUUGAUGAUUUGUUACAAAAAGGUUUGGUAAGACUUAGCAAAAGUCCUUGUGCUAGCCCAGCCUUUUUAGUAGACAAAAAGGAUGGUGGACAUCGUAUGUGUAUAGACUGUAGAGCAUUAAACAGAGUUACUAUACCAUAUAGGUUUCCCAUACCAAGAAUUGAUGACAUGAUAGAUAUGCUUUCGGGUGCUAAAGUGUUUACAAAGCUUGAUUUACGUAGUGGAUAUCAUCAAAUACGUAUUCGAGAAGGUGAUGAAUGGAAAACAGCUUUCAAAAAAAAAGAAGGUUUAUAUGAGUAG